GUGUGUGUGUGUGUGUGUGCGUGUGUGCGUGUGUGCGUGUGUGCGUGCGUGCGUGCGUGCGUGCGUGCGUGCGCGCAGUCGGAACCAGCCAGUCUAGCUGCUGAAGACAUCAGCACCAACUCAAAUGGACCCAAACAGGAUUCACUGUUUGAUGACGAUCCAGAGGAUCUGUUUGCAGAGGCCACAGAGGAGGUUUCGUUGGAUAGUCCGGAGAGAGACGUCCUGCUGUCGGACGGUCCGUCGCCGGCCAUCACCCCCAUCACCCCCCCCUGCUCCGUCAUCACGCCUCGCAUCGGCCUCGCCCACGACGACAUGUUCACACACUCGUCCUUCGACGAGAUUGAAGAAGAGGAAGGCGGCGAUUCAUUCGACAUGCACAUAUCAGUGUCUGACCCCGAGAAAGUGGGUGACGGGAUGAACGCCUACAUGGCCUACAAAGUGUCGAUCAAGACCUCCAUGUCUCUGUUUAAGAGUCGUGAGUUUUCAGUAAAAAGGCGUUUCAGUGAUUUUCUGGGUCUGCACAGCAAGCUGGCCUCCAAGUAUCUUCACAUAGGCUACAUCGUCCCCCCCGCGCCGGAGAAAAGCAUUGUGGGGAUGACCAAGGUGAAGGUGGGGAAGGAGGACCAGUCGUCCAACGGGUUUGUGGAGAAGAGGAGGUCGGCUCUGGAGAGGUAUCUGAUGAGGACGGUGAAGCAUCCCAUCCUGCUGAAGGAUCCCGACGUGCUGCAGUUUCUGGAGAGCUCGGAGUUGCCGCGGGCAGUUAGCACUCAGGCUCUAAGCAGCGCCGGACUCCUCCGAAUGGUCAACAAGGCCGCCGAAGCCGUCAACAAGAUGACCAUCAAGAUGAACGAGUCGGACGCUUGGUUUGAGGAGAAGCAGCAGCAUUUUGAGAAUCUGGACGUUCAGCUGAGGAAACUUCACGCCAGCGUUGAGUCUCUGGUCUGUCACCGGAAAGAGCUGUCGGUGAACACGGCACAGUUCGCCAAGUCGGCGGCCAUGUUGGGGAACAGCGAGGACCACACGGCUCUGUCCAGAGCUCUGUCCCAGCUGGCCGAGGUGGAGGAGAAGAUCGACCAGCUGCACCAGGACCAGGCCAACGCCGACUUCUACUUCUUCUCAGAGCUACUGGGAGACUACGUCCGCCUCAUCACCGCCGUCAAGGGUGUGUUUGACCACAGGAUGAAGACGUGGCAGAAGUGGCAGGACACUCAGAUGUUGCUGCAGAAGAAGCGAGAAGCUGAAGCUAAACUUGUGUUCAACAACAAACCAGAUAAACUACAGCAGGCCAAGGACGAGAUCAAAGAGGAGAUUGAGGAGCUGGAGCUGAAGGUGCAGCUGGGAGAGAGAGACUUUGAACAAAUCUCCAAAACUAUACGCAAAGAAGUGAGCAGGUUUGAGAAAGAGAGAGUGAAGGACUUUAAAACAAUCAUCAUCAAAUACCUCGAGUCACUGGUUCAGACGCAACAGCAGCUGAUUAAAUACUGGGACGCCUUCCUACCCGAGGCCAAGGCCAUCUCGUAGAGUCCAAACACAACAGACAGUCCUGACUACACUACCCACAAUGCACCGCCCCCCCCCCCUCCUCCUCCUGUUCGUGCCCAGAGCGAAGAAGAAGAGACUUUUCUGCAGUUCAAAAAAAAUCCACACGAUAAACUCUUGAAUUCACAGUUUGUCAUCUUUUAUUUUAUUCAUUUUCUUUCCCGCUGAACUCGGUGUUGCGUUCAAGUCCCGUCAGAAUAAUUGUUGCUGUCACGAUAAGACUGUAAUAUCAACAGUGUUGCACUCAUCUUACUAUUUCCUUCUUGGUGUUUUCAGAAUUCAGCAAAAUUCAAAAUGGAGACCUAAUGGAGUCUUAAACCUUUCACUUUUCUUUUCUUUUUUCCAACGAAGCAGAUUUUUUUUCCCGGCUCCGUGUUUAAAAACCAGGAAUGUGAAAGUGUGACGACAGGAAGCUGCAAUUAUCCGUUGAAUUUAAUCCAUAAACAUUUCAUUAUUGUAGUUUUAUCGGCGCUAACAGUUAUGCUAACGGUGCUAGCAGCUUUGGAACCACUAAAACAAACCUGAAAGUCAGAAUAUUUCAAAGCAGACCUGUGAAUCUGAUCCGGAGUCGGUGCUGAAGGACGACUCACUGAAUCCUUUGUGCUAUUUUUGUGUCUUGCACUUCCUGUUCAACCCCCCCCCUUCCUUUACUCGCAUCUCAAAACGACUUAUUUCUGUUGCUGUAUGAUCGUAAGUGAAGGCAACGUUUUCUCUCCUCCGUGCAGAGAAGGAAGAAUCUCACUUUGUUCAGUUCACUGCUGCCGUCUCAUCAACAUUUACAAACCUAGAAACAGAUUCAUAUUUAGUCUUUUGUAAUAUUACUUGAUUUUCAAAGAUUUUUUUCAAGUUGGAAGAUUUUAUUUGUUUCACCAAAUAAAAUUAGCGAAGAUUCUUCCAGAGUCUUUUAUUUAAACGACAAACCCUACCGACCCAGUCCAACACAGGCCUGCUAUAUGAAUCACGAGCAGAGAAAAGGUGCAACGUUUCUGCCAUUUACUUCUAUUAUCGUGAACAGAUAAAGCUGCCAUUUAGGAGAAAUAUUUCCAAUACGAACAACAAGGCUCCCUCAUGUGGCUCAAAGGUGAACUGCAUAUAGAAAUGUUAAAGUGUGUCCCCAGAAAUGAUAUUUUGGGAAAUCAAUAUUAAAAUAAGAUCAAAAAUACUCCCGUCAUGGUUUUUAAGGAGGUACCGUAAAUAUUGUAAAAUGUGGGAAAUGUAAACUGCAACACAUCGUCCACAUUCCUCAAUAUAGAAUAACUUUGGACCUCGUUACAAACGUCGUAUCCUGAGAACCUGCAGCGUGAACAGAACCUUGUGUGUUUGCUCCUCUUCGUUUCCCUCAAAGACGAAGACUUUGAUGUUUUGGGGGUUUUGUAAAAACGGGGAAAUGAAGAAAUCGGAAACACACCUGUUAGCAUCGAUGCUAACAAGCGUGUUCCCGAUGCAGAGGAAGGAGAGUGAAGAGUGACGGUAGUUUGAGGUGUGGAGGACGUGAGUGAUUGUCAUGCGACGGUGUCCGUCCGUCCAGAGGACCGACUGGUUCUCCUCCUGUUGGUCGGUGUGAGCGCUGCAGGCAGAAACAUUGAAUGUGUUCUUGGUUUUAUUUUCGUUGAAUUUAAAGCACACUUCAUUAUCAGGAUCAAAUCCCACAUCCUGAAGAUAUAAAUCGUUUUUUCAUCUCUUGUUGGAAUUAAAACUGGAAUUUUGUUAUUUUCAGCCGUCUUAAAUCAUUCUGCAUCGAUCGCUACCUUUUUGUAUUUUACUUUGUGUCUUUCCACAUUUCUUUUGCCGCCUCAAUGAUGUGCAAUGGUUGAGUAUUUUCAGUUGAUUUGAUUUUAUUAUUUUCACUUUAUGAUAAUUCUUUGUCGGAGCAGAUUGUUUGAAUGUCUUUUUGUUUUGACGUGACAUUCCUGCAGCGCUGCAGAACUUUAAUUACAAUAAAGGAAUGUAUCUCA